AUGUCCAAUUCCAACGCCAUCGAGCCACCGGAAAAACACACAAUCCAUCAUCCUCCGCCGCCACCGUCGCUUUCUUCAUUACCUGAUGACAUCCUUCUGACAUGCUUGGCCUUGGUCCCAAGAAGCUGUCACCUAAGCCUUUCUUGGGUCUCAAGAAACCUAAGAGCCCUUCUUCGCUCGCCUCAGCUCAAUAAGUUGCGAUCCAAGAAGUCUCUCUAUGGGCCAAGCAUGAGCGUGCCUCGAGAACAAUUCGAUGCAGCUGUGGGAGUAAUCGACGGGAAGAUAUACGUUAUCGGAGGUGAAGGGUUUCUCCAAGUUGAAGUUUUUGAUGUAAAGUCGGAAACUUGGGAGCUUGCGGGGCUUGAAAACGCCGGUAAAUCCUAUCGGUGUGGUGCCUCGGUGGAGGGGAAGGUUUACAUUGUGGAGAAAGACGAGAUCCAUGUGUACAAUCCGAGAGAAGGUGAAGGAGAAAGGAUGGUUAAGAUGGUAACCAAGAGACUCUCGGAAGGUGGACGAAAGUAUAAGUUAAAUGAUACGGUUUAUUGCGUGUGUGUGGUGGAUGAUGUUCUCUUUGCUUUCUUUAACUGGACUGGGUUGAUGUGGUUUGAUACGAAGCGUAACGUGUGGAGAAGACUGGUGGGUCGUAAUGGGAAGAGACUGAAGAAACUCUCAACCUUUUCUGUAAAGGAGAUGGCGGAACACGACGGAAAGCUAGCGGUUUUCUAUCAGUGUUUUAAAACUGAAGAGGAUUUCACCGUUAGCGAGGUUGUUCAGUGUGCGAUAGUCUCACUGCAUAGAGCUGGAGACAGGAUUUGUGGGACGAUCGAUUGGUUUGGUGUUGUGGGUACAUUACCCUUUUCGUUUCGUUUUCUGCAUUGUUUAGCUGUUUCCGAUUGA